UCUUCCCGCAGCCGGGACAUGGUGCUCGCUCUGCGGCCGCCUCUGUGUCCGGGGUCGCGGUGAUGGACUUUGCCUUCAGCAGCGUGAUGGCUGCACACAGCGAGACUGAGCGCGCAGGGCAGGACGCGCGCGAGACUGAACCUUGAAAUACGCGCGAGUUUACGCGUCUUUGCCACAAACAGCCCCCCUCCCCCCCACCCCCAAAAAACUUGCAGGUCUCCACUCUACCAUGGGGAUACGGCGCCUUCUGCUGCUGCUCAUGUACCUGGACCCGCUGAGCGUGUGGGGCGCCGCUGCAGGCGCCAAGAAGCCGAGGCCGACGCCCAAGAAGGCGCUGAAAACCACCGCGGUGCCCACGCUCACCGCGCCGCAGAGGACGCAGCCGCCGCCGCCGCCGCCCGCGGCGCCCGCAGCGCCCGCCAGCAACCACGACACCUGCCUGGGCUACUACGACGUGAGCGGCCAGUAUGACAAGAUGUUCGAGUGCAACAACACGGACCACCGCUACUGCUGCGGGACCUGCUACCUGCGCUUCUGCUGCGAGUACAAGAAGGACCGGCUGGACCAGAAAGCCUGCAAGAACUACCACACGCCGGUGUGGGUGCAGACGGCCGCGCCGUCGCCGGUGCCCACGGGCGAGACCUACGACCCCAGCAUGGACCAGACCAACACCGCGGUCUACAUCACGUGCGGGAUCAUAGCCUUCAUCAUCGUGGUGGGAGUGUCGGUCAAAGUGGCGUACGACAAAGCUACGGAGCCUCCGCAGGAAAUGAACAUACACCGGGCCCUCGCAGACAUCCUGAGGCAGCAGGGGCCGAUCCCCAUAUCGCAAUACGACUGUGAGAAUUUCGCAGCGAUGAACGGCUCGCCCAAAGACAACACGCCGGUCAGAACCUCGUCCAAGAACCACUACACCCCGGUUCACUCGUCCAAGUCCAACCACGGUCUUCACUACGGUAAAGAGAGUGUGCGCAGCGGCGGCGGCGGUGGCGGCGGCGACUUUCACAACUUCAUCUCCUCUGGCUUUGUGACGUUAGGUCGAGGUCAUCAGAAAGGAGAAAAACAUUGGCCCGUCCGCUCCCAGAGUCACCAUGGUACCCAUCAGCACAACUAUAACCAUGUGGCUCUAGGUAGCCCCACACGCACACCUAAGAAUGCUCACCGAUCAUUGAGACGUGAAAACAAUCGGAUAAGCGGCAUCCUGACAUCACAGACGGAGCCCUACGACCUGUCUUUCUCACGCUCCUUCCAGAGCCUGUCGCACCUGCCGCCCUCCUACGAGGCGGCCGUCACGGCCGACCUCAGCCGAUUCUCAUCCCUGAAGAAACUCACAGAUAAAGAUGUCGACGAGUACUACACGCGCAAGCGCCACCUGCCCGACCUUGCGGCGAGAGGAACACUUCCCUUGCACGUACUCAAAAUUACCCAAGACCAGCACCGGGAACAGCAGCAGCUCCAGAGCCAGCCCCCGCAGGCCCCUCCCCCAUCUCAGUCUUCACAGCAGCAGUCUCAGCAGAGGCAGAGGCCCCGGCGCGUCCAGCGGGCCAUGUCCCAGGACCGCGUCCUGUCUCCGCAGACAGCCCCGCAACAGGAUUACAGCAUGUCGUCGAAUGGUAUGUCCCCAUACGGAGGCAGGAUCCUCUCUGACGAACAGCUCCUGUCAGCGGAGCGUCUGCGAUCACAGGAGCGGCUCCUCCCACAGGACCGCCACACCUCCCAAGACCGCUUAUACACAAAGGACCGCAUGUACUCAAAGGACCGCCUCCUGUCCCAGGAUCACCUCUACCCUAAAGACCGCCAUUACUCUCAAGAUCGCCUCUACACCCAAGAUCGCCUGUACUCACAAGAUCGCCUCUUUUCCCAGGAUCCCUUGCUCUCCCCUGACAAGUUUAUGAUGUCUCUGAAGCGUGGCAUGGUCGGCAGUAUGUCUGGAGGGUUUCGGGGAAGUGACAAGUCCAUGUCACGUGCCAUCUCACACACAGAUGUGUUCAUACCCACCACGCCUGUUAUGGAUCGGUACAAGAUGACCAAAAUGCACUCCCAUCCCAGUGCCUCUAACAAUGGUGGUGGUGGCGGUGGCGUUGUGGGUGGUGGUGGUGGAGGUGGCGGUGGUGGGGCUCAGGGAGUGGGUGGCGCCGCCCACUCCAACACUUUAGCUAUGAACCACACAACAAAUAAGAGGCAGGCGUUUGCCUCCAGACGGACUCACACUGUGGAACAGCUCCACUACAUCCCACAGCACCACCAGCAGCAGCAGCAGCAACAGCAGCAGCAGCAGCAGCAGCAGCAGCAGCAGCCACAGCACUACCGCACAGGCAGCAAGACAGAGGUGACUGUGUAA